AUGUCAUCCGAAAUAGCAAAGUUCGAAUACAGCCACCGUAUCGGCGAGGAAACCAUUCGUCUAGUACGCAUUCUAGGUUGCGGAACAACUGAUAAUGGACCGUUGCAACUUUCACUCGAAGAACACGCCGUUGCUGACCUGCCAGCUUACCGUGGCCUCUCUUACACAUGGGGACCGCCUCUCGCAGAAAAGGGGCCCAUUCGGCAGAUCGCGCAGCAGCCUGCAACAAUCUCAGUGAUGCUCGACGGCCAAAUCUUUGACAUAUUCCCGAACCUACACGAUGCACUGUGCUGGAUCAGAGCGCGUAACUCCUGUGACCUGUACUGGAUCGACGCCAUCAGCAUCAAUCAGGCCGACGAUACUGAGAGGAGCAUGCAAGUCGGCAUCAUGGACCGCAUCUACAAAAAGGCUACCCGCGUCGACAUAUGGCUAGGCUUCGUCACUGAUGAGCAUCACCCAGCCGAAGUAUCUCAUUUGGUUCGCACAAUGGCUGAAAACACCCUGCGGAACUUCAGCUUUGACCAGGAGAAUUCUCUUUUCGACGACGAUGCGCUGAGCAGAUAUGGCUUGCUACAUGUACCCGAUGACGUAUGGUACGCAUUCGUUGCCUUUUUCGAACGCAAGUGGUUCAAUCGUGUCUGGGUAGUCCAGGAGGUCGCCUUGUCAAGAGACGCAUGUAUUCUCUGGGGCAACGAUGUUAUUCCGUGGGAGACGGUGGCGUAUUGCUCAGACUUUCUGUACGAAAGUCGUCUGUACGAGCAAUUGUCAGAGGUCUUGUACGAUAACAACCCUACGAUCAAGGACGUCAAGAUUGGCAGCAACUCACACGACAUCCUCGAUGUGUGGGACAGCACCACGCUGGACCACAUAGUCGGUCCGCUCGCCUGCACAGGCGGAAGCAGCAGAACCAAGACAGCCGGUGCGCUGUUGUUUUUGAUGCUACGCCUGACGGUCGGAGUGGAAGCCACCGACCCAAGAGACCAAGUCUUUGGUCUACUGGGCAUCCUCAAUCUCCUUUUGGAUCUCAGUGGCCGCAGAAGGACGGAGUUGGAGGCCAACUACCGCAAACAUUGCACGCCCGUCAGCAUCUACACCGACACGGCGGUCUUCAUCAUGGAAGAAUGCAAGAAUCUGGCUCUGCUCACGGCGGUUCCCGACGACUCGGUCAAGAACAUUGAGGGCCUGCCGUCCUGGGUGCCCGAUUUCUCUGCAAACGGGCCCUCUGCCUUUCUGGCGAUGAGGUGGCCCGCCGAGAUCCCUUACUUUGAUGCCUGUCGUUCCAUGCCAACUAACUAUCGCGUCGUCGAUGACAGGCUCCUCCACGUCAAGGCUUUGUGCAUCGGCACAGUAUCGUUGGUAGGCGAGGUAUACUCGGAACUAGCCACGAACGGAAGCUUCACGCAAUGGGCCGACUUCCUCUUGCAAUGCGAUCCGGUGUACGAGCCGACAGGGCAGUGCCGCGUAGAGGCGUUCUGGAGGACGUUAAUCGGUGACCGAGAUGCGUUCACACACCCCGCACCCGGCAGCCUCCAAAAGGCGUUCCAUUCGUGGAUCGCGGACCACGUUGUGUGGGAGGUGUACUGCGCCAUGAAAAAAGGCGUCGAUAUUGAUGAACGCAUCAGCCGUCUGGACAGCAUCAAGAGAAUCGCCGCGUCGGAUGUCAGCAAGACGGUGCCCUCGUGCGAUGUGAUUAUGGGGUAUCUGAAGCAACUCAAGGAAUGCGAGAAGCAGGAGCAGGUUGAGGGAUUAUUUGACCGCUUCAAACACACUUGUCAGGUGUAUGUGAAUCUUGCGUUCGAGACACUCUGGGAGAGGCGGCCGUUCCUGACGGAUAGUGGCCAUAUGGGACUUGGAGGCCAAUCCGUGCAAGAGGGGGAUGGGAUUUGGGUGGUGGCUGGCUGUCCAUCACCGCUUGUACUUCGAGAGCUGCCGGUUCCUUCUAUACCUGAGUCUUUUAGCUAUCGGUUGAUUGGGGAAGCUUAUGUGCACGGCAUCAUGCACGGGGAGGCUGUUGGUGAGGAUGUGUUGUGGGAGGAUGUCUGCAUCCAGUGA